AUGGAGGACCAUAGGGAGAGUAGCGACAUGAAAGGCGACCCCAACAGAGAGAUUUCAGCCACUGGGGAUAUCAUUCUCGUCGUCGGGGCUUCUGAUUCCGACGAUCCACAGCUCCGUCUUAGAGUUCAGUCGACCAUCCUUCGAGAGGCGUCUACGGUCUUCAGGACCAUGCUUUCCCCUCCAUGGAUCGAAAGUCAGGAUAUUUCGGCCAAAAACCCGAAGGAGAUUCAACUUCCCGAAGAUGAACCUAAAGCCAUGGAGGUCGUUUGUCUAGCAUUACAUUUCCGCAGCAACCUCAUCAACCCUCACUGGCUCGAGGAACAGGGUGGACAAAGAAUGCUCGAUGUUGCCAUUCUGAUCGACAAGUACGACUUGAAGGCAUCGAUGAGGCUUAUUACCGACACGUGGUUUCGGCAGUCCAUGGGGUGUAUCAUGGAGGAGUCCAUAUACCGUAUGGCCGCAGCCUGGAUUCUCGAAGAGGAGGAAUUCUUUGCGCAAUAUAGCUGGAUAGUCAUGAUCACCUAUACCGGGCCGUACGCCAAACUUCUUUCCCAGGGGCUCCUCAGGGAAAAAUUACCUCCACAAAUAUUCCGUAAUCAAAAACCCAUAUGUUCGGUCCUGUCGAUCAUAGACGACUUGAUGCCGCUUGCCGAAGAACAGAAGAUUUUCCCGAAGUCCUGGUGUACAGAGGUCAAACAGAUGCACAACGACAAGGUUAUGGACACGCGCCUCGGCAGAUAUUUCGAUUGGAGUGGCUCUACCAUCUGCUCCAGGCUCCCGGAGUGGAUGGAGAGAGAGACAAGCCUUUGCCUUCGGUGUCUCCGAGAGGAUGAAUCACGUGCAGACUACACCUACUGUAGGAACAAUCUGCUUUGCGAGCACUCCAAAACAAGACAGCUGGGAUCUACCGGUUCCGCGAUGAACCUGUUGGGCAAACGAAAUACACAGGACGAUGACAGAGAUGGAAGAGCCCUUGCAUGA